UAAUCACUCUGAUAUUUCCGUAAAGUUGCCAGGCUGUCAAAAUCAAAACAAUGAGAGCGAAUUUAGUGAAUUUUUCGUGUUUUCGUGAGUUUAUUCUUUUUGAAAUAGGGGCAUUUUAACUUUACGUGGGAACCUAGAGUUCAACGACUACACAUACAAGGAAAUUAAUAGAAGGCAAUACACAACAUAUGAUACAGACAAUAAAAGGACCGACGAAACAGAAUUAGAAUGUUUCUCGACUCAAUCAUCAAAUUUGGCGGAAGUGCAGUAACCGUGAAGGACACGUUAGAAACUCUGAAAGAGGAUGAACUGACACACGCAUGCUGCAUUGUUAAGAACUUUCUACAACAUGGAAAACGAAUUGUUAUUGUACAUGGAGCUGGGUCGUUCGGUCACCAUCAGGCCAAAAGGUACAAUGUCAAUGCUGGUUUUACAAACGAAGACACUAAAAAGGGUUUUUGUAUGACGAGAGUGUCUGUCAUAAAGCUUAAUAAUAUGAUAGUAAACCGUCUGUGUCAACAUGGAGUAAACGCUGUUGGCAUACCGGCUUUCGGCUUUUGGAUUACCGACAACAGAAAGAUAAUACAACAUAACAUCGAAAUGGUGAACGAUGUUUUGGAGAAUGGAUUUGUUCCUGUGUUACACGGUGACUGUGUGUUGGAUAAUACAUUAGGUUGUGUUAUAUUAAGUGGGGAUACCAUCAUAAAGACAAUAUCAAAGCAAAAUGAUGUCAGAAACGUUUUAUUUUUAACUGAUGUUGAUGGAAUUUACAACAAAUCACCACAAGACAAAGAUACAAAAUUAAUUACUGAUAUUGCAGUGGAAGAGAAUAGAAGCACGUCUAAAGAUAUAUCAACAGAGUGUUCGGAUCUUGAUGUGACUGGUGGUAUGGAACUGAAAAUAGAAACGGCGAAGGACAUUGUGAUCGAUUCCCAAGGCAGAAGUACAGUAUAUGUUUGUAAUGUAUUAUCAGAACCAUCUUCAAUUUUCAAUACAGCUUCAAUAUUAAAUGGAACUACAAUAAGAUUUAGAAAAUUCCAGAGUAAGCGUUGUCAAAAUCCUUAACAACACAAAGACCAUUGGAUUUGGCUACGAGAAGUAUAUCCAAUAAGGGUAAAGAUAACUAACAGACAUUAGAUAUCUGCUUGGUUAAAUGCUUAUAUUUAGAGUAACAUGCUGCCGACUACCAUAUCGUUGAAAUGUCACUUGUUUUCAUAUUCUGAGGUGUGAUAAAAUUUCAUAUACACUCAGUAUCCAGUUAGGUAUCGACAUGAUUUCAAUAAAACUUUUUGAGAUAA